UCAUUGCAAUUUCCGAAGGAGACCAUUGGAAGAAUUCUUGCAUUUUUGUCAUUUUAAAUCAGCAAUUCGAGGAAAAAAGUUACAAAAACACAAAAUCUAACUGGCAUUCUUGUCUGCACGAGUGUUCGUAACGUUAGAUUCCGCGGCGAUUCGGUUAAUUACAUCGAAAAAUGUAAAAGUCUCAAUGGCCGACAACCAUUUUUGGAUUUUCCAAAAAAAAAGUAAAUAAAUAAUCUAACGCCCAAAAGGUCGAAACAAAGUUGUGGUUGCAUCAUAAUAAAAUAAUAAUCAUAAAGAAGGAAGGAAGAAAGAGAGAUUUUAAUCGUCGUUGUCUGAAUUGGUACUCGUAUCAACAAACUUCUCAAGUAUCAUCAUCGUCGUGCAACAUCAAAAAGUAUUCAACAGAAAUGGGUGAAACAAAAGCAAUUUAUCACAUUGAUGACGAGACUACACCAUAUUUAGUGAAAAUACCACUGCCAUCGUCGGAUGUGACAUUAAAAGAUUUCAAGUUGGUUCUAAAUAAGCAAAAUGUCAACUAUAAAUACUUCUUCAAGUCAUACGAUCCGGAAUUUGGAGUUGUCAAGGAGGAAAUUGCCGACGACAACGCCAAAUUGCCGUGUUUCAAUGGGAAAAUUGUGUCGUGGCUCGUGACAGCCGACGGUUCCAACCAAUCCGACAAUGCCUCUGAAAUACCGCACAGCGAACUGGAUGGCCGAGGAGGCCGCAUGCCCAACAAAGUGAUGUACAGCAACCAGAUGCAAAUGAAUCCGCUAACGUAUCAAAAUGCAUCGGUUGCAUCGAGUGACUUGGACUCGACGAGUCUCUUUGAAACAGAGUCCGAAAUUACACUAGAUAGAGACAUGACUGAAUGCAGUAGUGUACAGCGGUUGCAGGUGCGUAAAAAGCCACAACGACGCAAAAAACGAGCACCUACCAUGUCGCGCACCUCCUCAUACAGCUCAAUCACCGACUCAACCAUGUCUCUCAACAUCAUAACGGUCCAAAUCAAUAUGGAUACAGUAAAUUUCCUCGGUAUCUCGAUCGUGGGACAGUCAAAUCGGGGCGGCGACGGUGGCAUUUAUGUCGGAAGCAUAAUGAAAGGGGGUGCCGUUGCGUUAGAUGGCCGUAUCGAGCCGGGAGACAUGAUCUUGCAGGUGAACGACGUGAAUUUCGAGAAUAUGACGAAUGAUGAGGCAGUGCGUGUAUUGCGGGAAGUGGUUCAGAAACCGGGUCCCAUAAAACUUGUGGUCGCCAAAUGUUGGGACCCCAAUCCAAAGGGAUACUUUACAAUUCCACGCACAGAACCGGUGCGACCGAUUGAUCCAGGUGCCUGGGUUGCCCAUACACAAGCCUUGCGUUCCGUUGAGUCGACAUGCACCGAAGUGAUUCCCGAAGUGCGAGAACGCUUGAAUGUCAACAUGGACAUGAAGGAAAUUGUCAAAGCAAUGUCACGACCUGACUCGGGACUCGAGAUACGCGACAGAAAUUGGCUGAAAAUAACGAUACCCAAUGCGUUCAUUGGAUCAGACGUUGUUAGUUGGGUGCUCGAUAAUGUGCAAGGCAUCGGAGACAGACGCGAGGCACGCAAAUACGUGUCGAGUAUGCUGAGGCGCGGUCUCAUUAAACACACCGUCAAUAAGCUGACAUUCAGUGAGCAGUGCUAUUAUGUUUUAGGAAAUGGGGUAACGCAAGAAUCAACGACACUCAGUAUGGGCGAUACGGAAAGUAUCAUCAGCGAUAUUAGUCCUUUACCAAAUCCUCCAAUGUACAUGCCAUAUUCAGGAAACUACAAUCCAAGCCAUGGAUAUCAGCCAAUACAAUACGGAAUGAAUGACAGACCAAUGUCUUCUGGGUCAAGCAGUUCUGAUGUUCUUACAAGCAAAGAUAUAUCAGCAUCUCAGAGUGAUAUCACAUCCAUUAUACAGCAGACGAAUCACAUGACCAUUACAAACGGUUCCAACAAGUCAUCUGGCAGCUCAAGCAGAGGAGGAAACACAAUCAAAAACGACCACCAACAAGACAUGACAGGUACAGUUCUAAGUUACUUGUAAUUGUUCAUCCUUUUUAAGUUUGAAUCAUCAAUAUCAUCUCACACACAAACACACACAACAAGAGUCAAUAGAUUAGUAAUUUAUGGAAGAAAUUUUAUUUUUAAUUGGUGUCAUGUCUGUCUGCUGUCAGAGUAAGAAGAAAAGAAAGAGAGAUUAUUAUUUUUUAUAAAUGCUGAUGAUAGGUCAUAGAUAAAACUUGCAAUAAUAAUUAGUAAUAUGAUAGACAAUAUACAUAGUAUCAUAAUUAUAGAAACCAUAAAGCUAAGUAACUAUCAAAUUUUAUACAGAAAAUGGACCAGGCAAUUACUGCUUUCCUUGAUUUUCUCAAACACUAAUCACUGCUUUUUCGACUCAUUUUCACAUUUUUAAUGACAAUUUUUUCAUCUGAAUCAUUUUUUUAUGAUAAUUCAAAAUCUACAUAGUUAGCAAAGCCAGAAAAGAAACUGAUAUGGAACCAAACAAUAAUUGACAAAUAUCGUAAAUGCAUUUAUCAAUGUGUCAAAAUAUUGCAAGACAAUUAACUACAAAAUACGAUUUAAGAAAAUAAUUAUUGUAAGUCGGUUAUGUUGGAUUUUUUUUUGCAUUUGCAGUACUUCAAUGAGCUGUCAGACAAAUUUAAGCAUGUGUAAAAAUGAUGAGCUCUUCAAAUAUAAGUUUUGAGAGCUCGGAGUUAUUUGCUUUGAAAAAUACAUUUUCCUAGCAUCUUCCUGUCUACAGCGCCAUUUGUUAGAAAUUUUUUAUUUAAUUUAAUUCUACGUUUUUGCAUUUAAAUGCUUCACGUUAUAGUUUUCUGUAAUAGUAUGUUGUUAGUUAAAAGUAAAAUUUAAACAUUUUUUUUAUUAAGAAAUCGAUUUAAAAAAAAUCCAUCAUAACCGACAAUUAUAAUUUUUAAAAAAAAUCUGUUCACAACAAAA